UGAGCACGGCUUGGCACACGCAGUGGGACACGGGCAGUGACAUUGACGAUGAUCAUCACGACAGUGACGUGAAGACGAGUGUAGCAGGCGGCGUGCGUGCAUCUCUACCCCUCCACUCUGUCUCCCUGUCUCUCCCUGUGAGCGCAGCUGAGAGAGAAGCUGAAGUUGGAGACUGAGAGACGAGACUACACGCUCGAGUGGGGAGACAUCGCCGUCCACCCCACGCGUCGCUCCAUGCAGCAGUGGCCCAAGGCCGGGGAUGGCCGAAUCUACGUCCCCUACAAAGUGUCCCUCGCCUUCUACGAUGGGGAUGUCAAGAAGAUCGAGGAGGCGGCACUGGAGUUUGAGGGGAAAACGUGCGUCCGGUUCAUCCCUCGCUGCAACGAGGCCGACUAUAUCUACAUACACGCAUGGGAGGGGAAUUGGUCAUUCCUGGGCCAUCAGGGCGGGGACCAGGCGCUGUCCCUGGAGCCCGGCAAGGUGACCAAGGGCGUCGUUCUGCACGAGUUCAUGCACGCGCUCGGCUUCCACCACGAGCACUGCCGCAGCGACCGCGACGACCACGUCUGGGUGCUGAGCGACAACAUUGAUCCAGAGUGGAAGGACGCGAUUGAGAAGAAGACAUCACAAGUUCACACGACCCCCUACGACUACAGCUCCAUCACCCACUACAGCACGACGGCCGGCUCCAAAGACGGGAAGAGCGCGACCAUGCUCCCCAAGCACAAGAGCAGCACGCGCCGCUUUGGGGGCGGCCACAGCCUCAGCGACGGGGACGUUGAGAAGAUCAAGGAGAUGUUCGAGCGAGAGCCGGCAACAGCGACGCCCAGCAUAGCCACAUCACAGCCUGGCUCCUCUACAGGAGCUCGAGCAGGAGCCAGCACCACACACAGAGAUGCUGGUGCCUGCACGAAGGAAGACGCGAUGAGAUUGUUUACCAAGCUGCGCCAGGAGGUGAAGGGAAGCAGCAUGAGAGGUUUGUUCCUCGUCGCUGGCUGGGAGAGCAGACUUUCUGUGCUGGUUGAGGGCGCUGCAGGGCUGUGGUUGUGGUGA